AUGGAAUGGCUGAAGCAAAAAUUGAGAAAUCGCAGUGAAGUGCUGGAAGAUCCAAUCAAGUAUCGCAGCUUGGUUGGUGGACUUUUGUAUCUUGCUGUGAUGACCCGACCUGAUAUCGCCGCUUGUACCGCAAUACUCGGGCGAAAGUUCAGCGAAGCACGUGAGGCAGAUUGGACCGCUGCAAAGCUUGUGUUACGGUUUCUGAGCGGGACCAAGGACUACUAUCUGCAGUUGGGUGGAACCCCUGAGGAAGCAUUACUUGGUCAUUCGGAUGCGGAUUGGGCCGGUGAUCCCGAUAGUCGGCGUUCAACAACAGGAUUUGUUUUCUCGUUUGGAGGUGGCAUAUUAUCUUGGGCAAGCCGCCGUCAGUCAAGCGUAAAGCUGUCAUCGAUGGAAGCCGAGUACGUCGCUCUGAGUGAGGCCUCACAGGAGACAUUAUGGCUUCGUCAGUUGCUUAGUGACUUCGGAGAAACGCAAAAACAACCCACAGUUCUGCGCGAGGAUAAUCAGGGCUGCUUGGCGUUCUUUCAGAAGGAGAGGACCAGCAGACGUUCGAAGCACACUAACACGAGAGAGCGAAUUGUGCAUGAGUUGUGUGCAAAGAAGGAGAUUGUGUUGGAGUACUGUUCGACGGAUCAGAUGUUAGCAGACAUAUUCACGAAGCCCCUCGGGCCGCAGAAGCACGACAUGUUCCGAGAAAUGCUCGGAUUGAAGGAGUAG